ACCUUGUUUUGUUUUACACAUUUUUUAUCCAGCCGGUAAGGAAGCUGACAGCCACCUAGAAAUCUGCUUGCGGAAAGCCAUAAAUUCCAAAAACAAACAAGACAUCGAAAGGAUAAAAACAGCAGCGAGAGAGGAAGCGCAGGGUGCAAGGAAAGGAAGCCGAGCAAGCAAGGACAGGAGGAAGAGGAGGCAAGGAUAAAGGCAGAAAGAAGAGCCGAGGCAGGUAGAGCAACAUACGAUGACUGCAGAGAUUGCAUAUUCAGAUUUUCAAAUCAAAAGAAAUAAUAAAGCCCACCAUACAGAUGAAACUGGGGACAGACGCCUAUUUAUUAGAAGAGGACAACCGUUUUUUAUCACCGUUCACUUCAAAACAAGGGGCUUUCAGCCAGGACAGGACAAUGUCAUUUUCCUUGUGGAAACAGGACCCUGGCCUGACGAAUCCUCUGGAACAAAAGCCAUAUUCCCUUUAUCAAAGGCUUUAAACAAAACAAUGUGGAGUGCCACACUGGAGAACAAUGGAGCCAACUCUAUGGUCCUUGCCAUGCUUUCUCCCCAUACUGCUAUCAUUGGACAGUAUCAACUAAAGAUGCAAAUUAGCAGUGGGACAAAAACCACCAACUACAAUCUGGGGACAUUUGUGUUACUGUUCAACCCUUGGUGUGCAGAUGAUGAUGUGUUCAUGGGAAAUGAAGCAGAAAGGCAGGAGUAUGUCAUAAACGAUUAUGGAUUUGUUUAUCAAGGAAACCAUAACUGGAUAAUCCCCUGCGCUUGGAACUUUGGACAGUUUGAAGAUGACAUUGUGGAUAUUAGCCUAAAGAUUUUAGACAAGAAUUUAAACUACAUUCAAGAUUCAUUUAAAGAUUUAAAAAAUAGGAAUAACCCUGUGUAUAUCAGCAGAGUCAUCUGUGCUAUGAUCAACAGUAAUGAUGACAAUGGGGUGUUACAAGGAAACUGGUCUGGGGACUAUACAAAUGGUGUCUCCCCAUCUGCCUGGAAUGGAAGCAUACUCAUUUUGAGACAAUGGUAUAAAAGUGACUGUCAACCUGUGAAAUAUGGACAGUGCUGGGUAUUUGCCGCUGUUAUGUGCACAGUGAUGAGAUGUUUAGGAAUCCCUGCCCGGGUUGUGACCAACUUUGACUCGGCUCACGACACCGACCAGAACCUGCUAAUUGAUGAAUACUAUGAUACAACUGGAAAGAAAUUAAGUAAAGAAACUAAAGACAGCAUUUGGAACUUCCAUGUGUGGUGUGAAUGUUGGAUGGCACGUAGAGACUUACCUCCAGGAUACGGAGGGUGGCAGGUGCUUGACCCCACUCCACAGGAGGCAAGCAAUGGGAUCUUUGUCUGUGGUCCUGCUUCAGUUAAAGCUAUCCGAGAGGGAGACAUACACCUCAACUAUGAUGCUCCAUUUGUCUUUGCCAUGGUGAAUGCAGACUGUGUGUCCUGGAUAGUCAGCACAAAAGGAAAAGAGAAGUAUCACUGUGAUCCGCAUUUAGUUGGAACCCAAAUUAGCACAAAACGUGCCGGCAGUGAUGAGCGUGAAGAUCUGACCCAUCAAUAUAAGUAUGAAGAAGAAACAGCUGAAGAAAGGAAAGCGUUUGAGAAGGCCAUCAGCCGACUGCACAAGGGAGGUGCGAUUCCAAACAUCAAUGAGAGUGAGCAUAUGAAUGGAGCUAAUGGAACAUCAGCCAAUGGUAUCACUCCUUCCCCUGAUGAAUCUUCUAGAUACACACCUCAAAAUGAAAAUUCAAAUCUUAAUAGCCCCCUGAGAGAGGCUUUACUGUUGUUAAAGUUUAAAUUGACCGAAUCUCCCCAGCUUGGAGAAACCAUCAGUUUGGUGUUACUGGCUGGAAAUAUGGUCUCCACUGCCAAAACCUUAAAGUUGUCCUUGAGUGCCCAGGCUAUGAAACAUGAUGGCAAACCAGCUCAGCAGUUCUGGAGGGACUCUAUGUAUGUGGAACUUGGGCCACAUGAAGAGAAAUGGCUUUUGUUCAAAAUCCCUUAUGCAAAAUAUGGACCCUCCCUAGAAGACAACCAUUUGAUCCGAUUUAUUGCCGUUGGAGAACAAAACAUUACCUGGGAGAAGGUUCUAGUGGAAAAAGAUGUUAACUUGGCUUUACCUGCAGUGGUUAUUAAUUUUCUUGAACUUGCUGUUGUGGACAAGACAUGUAAAGCGGAGCUCUCCUUUUCUAACCCCAUUAAUGAGGCGAUACAUGACUGUCAGAUCCUGAUUCAGGGCAGCGGAUUGCUGAAAAAACAAGUAAAAUUAAACAUGGGCACCAUGAAGCCAGGACAGAAGGCAGUGGUGGCGUUUGAGUUUGUUCCAUGGAAAGUGGGCUACAAGCAGCUACAGGUGAACAUCAGCAGCAACCGCUUCAAGGGACUCAAAGGUUUUAAGAGUGUGGUGGUUAAACCUUGAGCCUGGGCAUCAUGAACUUUUUGAAGGAACCAUGAUGGAGGUCUAAAUGAAGAUACUGAAGUGUAAGCAACUGAACACAUUAAAGGAAACAAAUGUCUUGGCGGAAGGAAUUCAUGAAUACUACAUACAUGUGUCUAUCUUUACAAGGAGGGAAACUUCUCAGUAAGAAGCUGGAAAACCAAUGGGAAUGUAACCAACAUUUUAAGGUGUUAACAAGACUGUUGUUGACUCGACUCCGGAUAUUUCAUUUGGGCUUUACCUCCUUAGCUCCUGUACAUCUCUACACAGUUUUAUGGGGGGGGGGGGGGUUAUUGUAAAGAUAUGGGGCCACUUAUCCAGACUCCUCAUGGGGCCAUUUGUCCAGACUCCUCAUGGGGCCAAUUGUCCAGAAGCCUCAUGGGGCCACUUGUCCAGAAGCCUCAUGAUUUGACGCCUACUAGAUAAGAGGUUUUCCUGGAUUUUGGAGUCUGUUUAACAUACUAUUUAACUGGCACACCAGGCAGGGCAGCAACCGUCCACUGCUUCCACCUCACUUUAGUCUUUUGUCAAAAGGGGGAGAGAACUUGCAAUCUACUCCCAGAUUUUUCUGGAUUAGGGAGCCCUUCCAAUCCCAGGACACCGGAUAAAGGUCCCAUACCUGUAUUAAUCAUUUUAUGUAAGUAGAUUAAAUGUUACUAGAAAAAGUUGAUUGAACUGAUUUCUUUAAAUGUACUCAUUUUUAAAUUAAAACAUUUUUAAAAGAA